GAUGCCAAGACUUCACAGGGCUGGCUUCUCCCGCGGUUUGGGAAGAGAAACGAACGAUGUCUGCAUGUGGUCCAACCAGACGGAGCCCAGUUGAAAUGAGACUGUUUUUGGUGGUGUCGACAGUAUACGAAUACGCAAGACGAAGACCCCUUUGACGUUUUGAUGGGCCUACUGGCUUCCUUUAAAGAGAUGCUAAGAUGCCCCUGUGCUGUUCCCCUGACGGGAAAGACGGUCCAGCAAUGCCACUGUAUGCUUUAAGAUGGCUUCAGCAAUUGUCGACACGCAUAUUUUGCAGCCUGAAGUAAGGCAAAAAUGGUCUAACGAGACAGUCCUCCCGUCUGGCACGCUGCCGGCUUUCUUUUCGGGCUGGUCAACAUGGCAAUACAUCGUCACUUUUCUUCUCGGCGUGGUGGUGUACGAUCAGGUGAUGUAUCUCAAAAGGAAAGGCUCGAUUGCGGGACCUACGUUUAAGAUCCCCCUCAUGGGACCCUUCAUCCAGGCUUUACACCCCAAAUUCGAGGAGUACCUUGCACAAUGGGCGAGCGGUCCUCUCAGCUGCGUAUCAGUCUUCCACAAAUUCGUUGUUCUCGCUUCUGAUCGCGACAUUGCUCACAAGGUCUUCAAGUCUCCAGCCUACGCCGAGCCUUGCAUCGUACCCAUCGCAAAAGACAUCCUCGGCCACAAGGCCUGGGUCUUUCUCCAGGGUAGGGAACAUGCCGAGUAUCGAAGGGGCUUGAUGCCCCUGUUCACCAACAAGGCAAUGGCAACCUAUCUCCCGGUUCACGAGAAGGUGCUGGGCGAGUACUUUGACAAGUUCGUCGCCGCCAGCGAGGCAAACAACGGAAACCCCAUGGCUUACAUGGCUCUCUUCCGCGAAAUCAACUGCGCGCUCUCGUGCCGUACCUUCUUUGGCGACUACAUCUCCCAAGACGCCGUCAAGAAGAUUGCCGACGACUUCUACCUCGUCACCGCAGCCCUCGAACUCGUCAACGUCCCCCUCUCGAUGUACAUCCCCGGAACAAAAGUCUGGCUCGGCAAGCGUGUCGCUGAUCAGGUUCACGCCGAGUUCGCAAAGUGCGCCGCCGCGUGUAAAGCCAACAUGGCCAAGGGCGCGACACCGACAUCCAUUGUCGACCACUGGGUGCUGCAUAUGAUGGAGUCCAACAAGUAUCGCGAGAAGGUUGCUGCUGGGGAGACUGAUGCCGUGAGGCCUUCGAACAUGAUCAGAGAGUUUACAAAUGAGGAGAUCUCAGAGACGCUCUUUACCUUCCUCUUUGCAUCGCAGGAUGCGUCAAGCAGUGCCACCACCUGGCUCUUCCAAGUUCUCGCGCAGCGCCCCGAUGUCGUCCAACGCCUUCGAGAGGAGAACCUCGUAGCGAGAGGCGGUGAUAGCACGAAGCCCUUUGAUCUACCCAUGCUGGAGUCCCUCACCUUCACCAACGCCGUCAUUAAGGAGCUCCUCCGCCUUCGGCCGCCCGUCAUCUUCGUUCCCUACCUCGCGACAAAGAACUUCCCCGUCACGCCGAAAUACACCGUCCCCAAGGGGUCCAUGAUAAUUCCAUCGUGCUACCCGGCCCUACACGACCCCGAGGUCUACCCCAACCCCGAGUUCUUCAACCCUGACCGAUGGAUCACCGGAGACGCCGAGUCCAAGACCAAGAAUUGGCUGGUUUUCGGCGCUGGGCCACAUGAUUGCCUCGCAAGGAGGUAUGUGCCGCUGACGAUGGCUGCCAUGAUUGGCAAGGCGGCGUUGGAGAUCGACUGGAAGCAUCAUGCAACGGAAAAGUCGGAGGAGAUUAGGGUAUUUGCUACUCUGUUCCCCAUGGAUGAGUGCCAGUUGAGCUUUACCAAGCGACAGUGAGACGAACUUGCUGCAAUAAUAUUCGCUUGUCUUGAUGUGCUACUUCUACUUGAGCACGUAGUACUGCUCGUAAUCAUGGUUACACUAGAAAGCUUAAAAUCAUAAGACUAUCAUCUUAGAAACGAAAACAUUCCAAUUCGCG